AUGCCUACGAUAGACGUGGCAAUGAGGAGGAGUGUCCAAGGGGGAAUCGUGGAUGGAUUUGUGAACUUGGUGGUGCGCAGCGUACAACCGGCGCUCCGACAAAGAGAUGUCGUCCAAGAUCUCAACGAUGCUAAGACGGCGUUUUCAAGUUGGGACAACUGUAUGCAAGUUGAUUACUGCAAAUGGAGCGCCAUCGGGCUCAUGAUCUUUGCGGGAGUCGUCAUCUUCUCGAUAUGUUGGUGCAUAGGUCGCUGCCUCUGUUGUGGUCUCUCCUGCUGUUGCGAGUGCUUCCGAUGCCUCGCAUGCUGUGGCAACUGCUGCGGCUGCUGUGAUCCUCCCGGAUCUCGCAAACACAAGUACCUCGAUGCGCCUUUCGUUCCGCCCGAUCAGGGCUACAAGGCUCCAGAGCCUAUGGACCACGGCUUUGGUAGCCGCCCGGCGCCGGCGCCAUCAUACUUCGAACCUUCGCAAAACACCAACACCAACAGCAAGGCAUCCGAACCUCAGUAUGCUGUGUUUGAGGUCAACAAGAAGAGACAGACAAUGGGUGAUUCGCUGCCUGCUAUGCCGGAGUGGGAAGGGGCUGGAAGCAAGAAGGUGAUGGUGGAAGAGGAAGCUGUGGAGCUGGAUCAGUUGAAGAAGCCGGAGGAGACGGCUGCCCAGAGUGCCGGCGCUGGUACCGGGGCUGCGGUCAUGUCGGGCGCGGCGGCUGCUAUUCCGGCAGCAGGACCUGGAAGAGGAACGACACCACGGCCUAGUCCACCUCCAGGGGGCCAGCAGAGUCCCUAUGGUGCUCCGGCUGGUAACAACGGCUUUUAUGGAAACAAUGGUGGUUAUGGCCAAAAUGCUCAAGGGUAUAACCAGGUGCCUCUGGCUUCUCCCUACGGCCAAUCUUCGUCCCCGUCACCAUAUGGAAUGGCUGCUUCCGCCAUGGGCCCGGCAGCCGUAGGAAACGCAGGGUACAACGCCCCUGGCGGUGGUUAUGGCAACCAACAACAAGAUGCCUACGGCCGGUACGGCGAGCCCACGAGAAACAACACCUACGAUUCGGCACGAAACAACACGUACGAUUCCUACGGCGCCAGCAGCGUCAAUGGUCCCACCUCACCUUACGACACCUCACCCUACGACAACUACGACACCGGUAACCAAGGCGGCUACGGCAACUCCCAACAACAACCUUACGGCGGCCUGGCCGCGGGUGGCGUAGCUGCAGGAAUGGGCAUGGCAGCCGGAAGCAUGGGAGGACCUAACCGCGUCCGCUCCCCGCCCGCAGCAAUGAACACAACAUCCUACCCUCAAAACCCCAUGACCCGCCGCUCUCCCGGCCCAGAGCAACAACUCGGCGGUCUCGGGUACGGGGGAGGAUCCAGCGGCAAUGGUAACCAAGCCUACGAAAUGGCAGGCGGGUACGAUAGUUUCUCAAACCAGGGAUCAUACUCCCAGGGCAGCCAGAGCCAGAGACAAAAUACCUUUGGCGGUAACAACGCUUAUGGUGGAGGAGCAGCAGCUGGUUACGGUGAUAUAAUGCGCUCUACCCCCUCUCCAGCACCGACGGGCCCGUUGCCUAAGCCGCCCGUGAGAAACAAUACGAUGGGUAUGGGUAUGGGUACCAUGAACGGUGGCGGCGGCGGUAGUGGUGGUGAUGGAGGUGGUGGGUUUGAUUUUGGUACUGGAGGAUAUUCUCGGCCAGAACCACAAGGUCAGGAUGAUGGAGCGGCCGGUUACCCGGGAUACAAGCCCUACUCGCCGGUGGCUGGAGGACCCGGAGGGCCGGGGGGAGGAGCGGCUGGUGGGGGAUAUAGGGGGUGGUAG